AUGGACGACUUUUUUUCGAUGGAGACUGAUGCCUUUGCUUUGCAUCUGCUGGACUGGUUUGGUUCAGACGAUAUACUGCUGAAAUCCCCUGAGCUGGAUAGGAGCCACACGCAUCUACAGCAGACGCAGUUCCCAGUCACUGUCAGCCAUUGCCCGACCAGUCCAGUGAGCACCGAUGACGACACCACAGACGCUGAAGUGCUGACGCCGCCUCCUGCUUUUCAGCAGCAUUUGCUGUGCUCUUUGCCGAAGGAGGUGGACAUGAUGUCGUUUCUUGCAGCGAAAGUGUUGCUCUUGGGCUCGUCCAUGUUGACGCACUCGCCGCUUUCCAGCGGACAGAAGCUGCUGUCGCCUCGGACGCACAAGGUUAUUGACAAAAGUAGCAGCAAUAAUAACAACAGCUCAGUGACGUCAACACCAAUCGAUGCAGCCAAUUCGAUGCAAUCAAUCGACAAGACGCAGCCAAUGCCAGUAUCGAAGCCGUUGUCUGAUGCUCUUUCCUAUGCCUUGCCUGUGGCAUACUUCGCACCGUCAUUCAACGUCAACCAGAAGCGGCCAAUCACUCCCGUCCUUCCGGGCGCGACGUCACUCAGCACGUGUAAUUCUUCAUUGUCUUCUGCUACUACUGCUGCUGCUGCAACCAACGAUUCGUACGCGAUAAAAUCCAAACGCGAGAUUCGCCAGAUGAAGAAUCGGGAGAGUGCUAACAAGAGCCGUCUACGUCGCAAAGCACAGCUAACGAAUCUAACGGCGAGAGUCGCCGAGUUUAAAACGAAGGAGAAGGAGAUGCUGAUCAUCAUUGCAGGUCUGCGAGCUGAGAACAAGUCAUUGCUGGACCAGAACAUGUUUCUGCGCUCGUUGGUAACGAGCUGCAAGCAGGAGCAUGCAUCGUCUCACAGCGACCACCAGCUGGCUGCUUUCGUGUCACUGCCAGAUCAGAGCUGCGUGGCGCUCAACAUGCUGGAGAGUGUCCAGAACAUGGAUGUGGAUGAUGAAUCACAGGCUGCGGAUUUAGCUGUCAUGACGCCGCAACCAGACAAACGGCGUACUAUGGCGUCCACGUUAUCAAUGGCAAGUGUGGCGGUGUGUGCGUCCGUGUUUGGAAUAACUGUUUUCGUCGACUGCGAUGGCACUGCCGUCGAUGCGGGCAACGUUCGUGGCGUUGGACGCGUGCUGCAUGAGGCUCCGACGCCGUGUGGUAUAGAAGAGUGCUCUUUUGAAGCAUCGAUGUCACCGUUGAGGUUCGUGGCGACGAUGAUGGGAUCUUGGGGACAGUUAGUGUCGUCUUCAAUCCUGUGGCAGUCGCAUUCAGCAGGUUUUGCGGUCCUACCAAAGUCUGGACGUCGGCAUGCACAGCAAUAG